AUGUGUGGCUUCUUUAUCACAGCUUUUGGGAUCAACUGCUACAAAUGUGGAAGCUACAGAAGUCAGGAGGAUUGCAACAACAACAGGAAGGAAACGGAAUGUUCGCCAAACAAUUACUGCGCCAUUCAGACCGAAGAGUACAAGUCUGUCAGCGGUUAUGAAUACAAUUAUUACCAGAGAGAUUGUACUUUUCAUUUGCAUUGUAAUGGUUCAGGCAUCUCCAAGCUGAAAGCGUGCAUGGAGGCUAAAGGGACGGAGUGCUCGUUCAAAUGCUGUUUUACGGAUCUUUGCAACGGCAGUAAGGCAGUUUUAAUGAUCAGCACCUUCCUGAUGUUGACAUGCGUAUUCAUUGGCCUCAUCCAUUGA